AUGGCGUUGAAUGCCGCUUCCCAUAAUAUCACGGGCGAGAAGACGGGUCCUGUGAGCGGCCAACCACCACCUUUGUCUGAUGAAGCCAAAUCUGCCAUUCUGGACUCUGCCAAUGGCGACCCCAAAGGCCACAAUGCUCCCGGCAAAGACGGCGGAGACCAGGACGGCGAGAAGAAAGUCAAGUCGGAAAAGGAGCUAGCCAAGGAGCGAGCAAAAGCAGACAAGGCGGCGAAAUUUGCGGCAAAGCAAGAGAAGUCCAAGGCGUUGGCUUUGGCAUCACAGCCCAAGCAGAAGGAGAAUAAGAAGCCGCAGCAGGAGAGACUUGCACUCUACAAGGAGGAGACGCCGAAGGGUGACAAGAAGAUCCUCAAGCCGUUGGAUGAUGAGUAUCACAAGGCGUAUAUACCUGCUGUGGUGGAGAGUGCGUGGUAUGACUGGUGGGAGAAGGAAGGGUUUCAUCAUCCGGAGUUCACUAAGGAUGGGGAGGUCAAGAAGGCUGGAAGUUUUGUUGUCGCGAUACCCCCGCCCAACGUUACUGGCUCGUUGCAUAUUGGUCAUGCUUUGGCGACGGCGUUGCAGGAUUCGAUGAUCAGGUGGAAUAGGAUGAAGGGGUUGACGGUGCUGUAUGUACCUGGAUGCGAUCACGCUGGUAUCUCGACGCAGAGUGUGGUGGAGAACAUGUUGUGGAAUCGGCAAGGUAAGACGAGGCACGAUCUGGGUAGGGAGAAGUUCGUGGAGACGGUGUGGGAGUGGAAGGAGGAAUAUCACAGUAAGCUCAAUGUUGUGCUGAAGAGACUGGGUGGGUCGAUGGAUUGGUCGCGGGAGGCUUUCACGAUGGAUAAGAAUCUUUCGGCGGCUGUAAGGCAGACGUUUGUGCAGUUGCAUGACGAAGGGUUGAUCUAUCGCGCGAAUCGACUUGUCAAUUGGUGCACGAAACUGACGACUGCACUCUCGAAUCUGGAGGUUGAUCAGAAGGAGCUGGCUGGAUCGACAAAGAUUGAUGUUCCUGGCUACGACAAGAAGAUUGAGUUUGGUUCCAUCUGGAACUUCAAGUAUCCCAUUGAUGGCACGGAUGAGACUAUCGAGGUCGCAACUACUCGUCCGGAGACUAUGUUGGGUGACACUGGUGUUGCUGUCCACCCGAACGAUUCUCGGUACAAGCACCUCUUGGGCAAGAAGGUCAAGCAUCCUUUCGUGAAUCGGCUACUACCCAUCUUCGGCGACGACAGUGUUGAAAUGGAAUUCGGUACUGGUGCCGUGAAGAUCACACCUGCACACGACUUCAACGAUUUCAGGCGUGGAAAGGAGCACAACCUCGAGUUCAUCAACAUCCUUAACGAUGACGGUACGAUGAACUCUAAUGCUGGUCCAUUUGAAGGUCACAAGCGAUUCGAUGUACGGUAUACUGUCAUCAGCGAGCUCGAGAAGAAGGGUCUCUAUGUCGGUAAGAAAGACAACCCGAUGUCGAUACCGAUGUGCUCGAAGUCGAAGGAUGUCAUUGAGCCCGUCAUGAAGCCACAGUGGUGGAUGCACAUGAAGGAGCUCGCCAAGCCUGCCAUCGAAGUCGUGAGGAAUGGUGAGAUCAAGCUGAAGCCAGCGUCCUCAGAAGCCAUGUACUACCGAUGGAUGGAGAACAUCGACGACUGGUGUCUGUCCAGACAACUCUGGUGGGGUCAUCAGGUUCCUGCUUUCUGGGUGAAGACGAAGGAUGGUCCGGCAUACGAUACAGAUCCUGAGUACUGGGUCACGGCUCACGACGAAGCACAGGCGCGAGAGAAGGCGGAGAAGAAGUUCAUAGGUAAGGAGUUCGAGCUGCUUCGUGAUCCGGACUGCUUGGAUACUUGGUUCUCGUCUGGUCUGUGGCCGUUUUCGACUCUUGGGUGGCCAGAGAAGACACACGAUCUCGAGAAGCUCUAUCCGACUUCUAUGCUGGAGACUGGCUGGGACAUCCUCUUCUUCUGGGUGGCGAGGAUGAUCAUUUUCGGGCUGAAGUUGACCGACAAGGUGCCUUUCACCGAGGUGUACUGUCACUCUUUGGUGCGCGACUCGGAAGGCCGCAAGAUGUCCAAGUCGUUAGGCAAUGUCAUCGACCCUGUAGACAUUAUGGACGGCAUCGCGCUCAACGACUUGACCGCCAAACUUGCAACUGGUAAUCUCGCACCAAAGGAGGUGGAGCGAGCAACGAAAUGGCAGAAGUCAGCGUUCCCAGACGGUAUCGAUGAGUGCGGCGCCGACGCCCUCCGCUUCUCGCUUAUCAACUACACAACCGGCGGCGGCGACAUUAGCUUCGAAGUGAAAGUCAUGCGCGGCUACCGCAACUUCUGCAACAAGAUCUAUCAAGCGACGAAAUUCGUGCUUGGUGCUCUGCCGGAUGAUUACACGCCUCCUGCACGGGGUGGCAAAAUGGGCAAGGAGUCGCUACCGGAGCGCUGGAUCCUACAUAAGCUCAAUGUUGCGGCGAAGAAGAUCAAUGAGGCGUUGGCCGCGAGGGAGUUCUCCCAGGCGACGCAGGCAGUGCAUCAUUAUUGGUUGUAUGAGCUGUGCGACGUGUACAUUGAGAACAGCAAGUCCAUCAUUCGCGAUGGCACGCCAGAGGAGUCGAGCAGUGCACGGAAUACACUAUAUACCGCUCUAGACGGCGGUCUGCGCCUCAUGCACCCUUUCAUGCCUUUCCUGACCGAGGAGCUGUGGCAGCGGCUCCCUCGCCGCGAAGGCGACAAGACGAAGAGUAUCGUCAUCGCCGCGUACCCCGAGCACGACUCGGAGCUGGAAGACGAGACGAGCAAUCGUGCCUACGAACUUGUGCUCGGCUGCUCAAAGGGUUUAAGGAGUCUGUUACAGGAGUACAGUGUCAAAGACGACGGCCAAGCUUACGUCCAAUCGCUCAACCCGGACGCACAAAAGAUUGCCUCGGCUGAAUUCGCAUCUAUCAAGGCCUUGGCUGGUAAGGGUCUGGGCAAUGUCACUGUGCUCGAGCAGGGGGCGAGUGUGCCUGCUGCUUGUGCUGUUUACCCUGUUUCAGCUGAUGCCUCGGUGUUUUUGGCUCUCAAGGGGGAUGUGGAGCCUGAAGCAGAGAUUAAGAAGAUUCAGCCCAAGAUGGCGAAGGUUGCCGACGCUGUCAAAGAGCAGGAGAAGUUAAUUCAGGGACUAGGGGAGAAGGUGUCAGGGGAGAUUCGAGGCAAGGAGCAGGGUCAUCUCAAGGAUCUUCUGAGCGAGCAGCGGGCUUACGAGGAGAGUUUGGCGAGGUUUGAGGAGAUGAAGUUAUAG